AUGACAGUGGCCACCGGAGACCCAGUGGAUGAGGCCGCUGCCCUCCCUGGGCACCCGCAGGACACCUAUGACCCAGAAGCAGACCACGAAUGCUGUGAGAGGGUGGUGAUCAACAUCUCAGGGCUGCGGUUUGAGACCCAGCUAAAGACCUUAGCCCAGUUUCCAGAGACCCUCUUAGGGGACCCAAAGAAGCGGAUGAGAUACUUUGACCCUCUCCGGAAUGAGUACUUUUUCGAUCGGAACCGCCCAAGCUUUGAUGCCAUUUUGUACUACUACCAGUCUGGGGGCCGGUUGAGGCGACCCGUGAAUGUGCCCUUAGAUAUAUUCUCUGAAGAAAUUCGGUUUUAUGAGCUAGGAGAAGAAGCAAUGGAGAUGUUUCGGGAAGAUGAAGGCUACAUCAAAGAGGAAGAGCGUCCUCUACCCGAAAAUGAAUUUCAGAGACAGGUGUGGCUUCUCUUCGAAUACCCAGAGAGCUCAGGGCCUGCCAGGAUUAUAGCUAUUGUAUCUGUCAUGGUGAUCUUGAUCUCAAUCGUCAGCUUCUGCCUGGAGACGUUGCCCAUAUUCCGGGAUGAGAAUGAAGACAUGCAUGGCAGUGGAGUGACCUUCCAUACCUACUCCAACAGCACCAUCGGGUACCAGCAGUCCACUUCCUUCACCGACCCUUUCUUCAUUGUAGAGACCCUCUGCAUCAUCUGGUUCUCCUUUGAGUUCUUGGUGAGGUUCUUUGCCUGUCCCAGCAAAGCCGGCUUCUUCACCAACAUCAUGAACAUCAUUGACAUUGUAGCCAUCAUCCCCUACUUCAUCACCCUGGGAACAGAGCUGGCUGAGAAGCCAGAAGAUGCUCAGCAGGGCCAGCAGGCCAUGUCACUGGCCAUCCUUCGAGUCAUCCGGUUGGUAAGAGUCUUUAGGAUUUUCAAGUUGUCCAGACACUCCAAAGGUCUUCAGAUUCUAGGUCAGACCCUCAAAGCCAGCAUGAGAGAAUUAGGCCUACUGAUAUUCUUUCUCUUCAUCGGGGUCAUCCUUUUCUCUAGUGCUGUUUAUUUCGCAGAGGCCGAUGAGCGAGAGUCCCAAUUCCCGAGCAUCCCGGAUGCCUUCUGGUGGGCAGUCGUCUCCAUGACAACUGUAGGCUAUGGAGACAUGGUUCCAACUACUAUUGGGGGAAAGAUCGUGGGUUCCCUAUGUGCAAUUGCAGGUGUGUUAACCAUUGCCUUACCCGUCCCCGUCAUAGUGUCCAAUUUCAACUAUUUCUACCACCGGGAGACAGAGGGAGAGGAACAGGCCCAGUACUUGCAAGUGACGAGCUGUCCAAAGAUCCCGUCCUCCCCUGACCUAAAGAAAAGUCGAAGUGCCUCUACCAUUAGUAAGUCUGACUACAUGGAGAUCCAGGAGGGGGUAAACAACAGUAACGAGGACUUUAGAGAGGAAAACUUGAAAACAGCCAACUGCACUUUGGCUAAUACAAACUAUGUGAAUAUUACCAAAAUGUUAACUGAUGUCUGA